GCUCCGAGGCGGAGAACUGCAUAAGUGCGAGCGUUUCCACAAUCGACACGAUCCCAAAAAAGAGAAACGGAACGGGGGGUUCCGCGUCCUGUACCACUCUGGAAUUAUUGCUACCGCUUCUGUAUCAACUUCAAAUCGUACUCUGUUGGUGUCUGGCCAAAAGCGGAUGAUUUGUACAUACUUUGUGUGCCUUUGGUGCAGGUAAACGAGACAAACUACACUUCAUGUAUCAGCGAUAGACUGUUUGAAACAAGGUCCCCAUUUAACCCUCUGCUUUGGCCACAAACAUCAGACUGACGAAGAGAUAAAGAGAUCAAGAAAAGGAGAGAGAAGAAGGAGAGAGAGAGAAAGUGAGAGAGAGAGAUUUGAGAGCGUUGAGACGUGUGAGAGAGAUAUGUGUGUUAUAGUGCUCCUCUCUAUACUUUUCUCUCUCUAUGCCAUUUGCACUCCUCACUUCCACAAUUAUCAUGGGAGAAGAGCUUGUGCUAAAAAGGCUGUCAGAGUGAUCUACAGUACAGAAUCGUUUAUCCAGCCUGUACACAAACCCUACAUCACCUUGUGCCAGAACCAACAUCUUUGUAGCACAUACAAGACAGUGUACAAGUUGUCCUACAGACAGGUGAGUAGAGGAGUUUCAAGCCAACACAUUUACUCAGACUGUUGCCCAGGAUGGCAGAGACGCUACUCACACAACUGUAACCAUGCACUGUGUGUGCAGCCAUGUGUUAACGGAGGGUCCUGCGUGAGGCCAAAUCAGUGUGCUUGUCCAGUAGGCUGGACAGGUCGCUACUGCCAGACAGAUGUGGAUGAAUGUAAAGAAGGGACACAUGGUUGCAGUCAGCUGUGUGUAAACUCCAUAGGAAGCUAUCAGUGUUUGUGCUCAGAUGGAUUCCAACUAGAGAGAGAUGGAAAGUCAUGUUGGAGACUUGCUGCUCCUCCACCUCCUCCAACUCUCGCCAGCCAACCCAAAGCAACCACAAGCAGCGAUAGAGGUAGAGGUUUGGAACUGGUGGAAAAUGUUACAGAAGAGGUUGAAAUCCUCAGAAACAGAGUUCAGCUACUGGAACAAAAAUUAGAGAUGUUUCUAGCACCACUCUCCACCCUCUUUCCACCAGAAGAGGAUACGGCAGACCAAAACAGCUUAACACUAGACAAGACGAGUUUUCUGUCAGACCAGAACAACUUCCUGUCACACUCAUUGCGGCAGCUGGACAGAAUUGAUUCUCUUAGUGAGCAGGUUGGCUUUCUGGAAGAACGCAUUGGAAAAUGCUCUUGUCAGGAAAACUAGAUAAUCAGUUAGAAAAGGCUGGACCCCCCAUUCUUUCCUGCACACAUCCGAACAAGUCCUACUUCAAGAGGGAAGAACGAGUAACCCAACACUUCUCCAAGUUUGCAAUUCCAAUACAAAAUACAUUUUGCACAUUUUAUAGUUUAAAUGCAUGACGUUCUUCAAGUGAGUGUGCAUGUUAAAAGAAAGGCUUGUGCUUUUUAAUUAGGGUUUCCAUACAUUUUUAAUGGAUGCCAUUUCCUUAACUGUAAACAGGAUGAUUUGCAUUAUUUACUCUUUUUAGGAAUGUAGAUGUUUAUUUCAGCACCUACAAGAUUUCAGCAGUGCUGGACCUACUUUGGUGUGAUGACUAUGAACAAUUCAAAAAACCUACCCGAUAUUGUAUUUAAGUCUAAAAUACAAGUUAACAAUAAAAAAUGACUACAUUAAUUAUGACUCAACACUUUAUAUACACUGUAUUAAAAACUGAUGCUAGUGACAAAGUUACGUUUAGCAAGUUGUUUUAGACAGCAUGACACAAUUAUAGUUUAAAAGUGAUAAACUGACAGUGUGCAGUUAAACUGCCAUAAAAGGAAAUACUUUUUUUAGUUAGGGAAAAUAGUUGGAAAUUAGGCAUAGCACUAUUGCUACUAAUUAGUUAGCACAUUUAUCAAGGUUUGUGCAGCUGCAGCCACUGUCGAUUUACAGUCGACAUUCUGACAAACAAAAGUUCACACUACACGAUUUUUGGCCAGAUUUCGCUCGGCGACUGGUCGGCGCUAGAUUUGCCGGCUUGGGAGCAACUCGGCGUUCGCUCGCCGAUCGAAAUUUGGCUCUCAGUCGCUAUGUGUGAACUAUCCAACAACUCGAUCCGAACAGCUCGCCGAGCACUCGGCGACCAGAUUGAGAUAUCUAGCAUGUCAGAUAUCUGAUCUCAGUUGCACGUCUGGCAAUGAGUGCUCUGUCGAACAGCCAAUGAGAACGCAAGAUACGGUGUGAGGGGAAACGCAGGAGAGGAGGGUACCGGUACAUAAUAUAGACAAGGACAUAAUAUAGUUUAAAUCAGAAUACACCAGCACACACACAAGCUUUACAGUAUUUCUGACUUGAUCGUUCUCUACAAAACACCAACGUUGCAUUGCAAAAAUAUUAAUUAACCUCCAACUUACUAUAGAACAAUCCAUACUGUUCGUGUUGCCAAAUCCACUCAGAUUCAUUUAUCUUUCCUCCUUGAUUUUACGCUGCACAUCAGCGCACAAACACUUUGAUCACUCGCUACUUGUUGACGUGCAUUUUUGGACGUGGUAUCAUUAAACCCCUCGUCACUUCUCGCGUUUGUUUUCGUGACAAAACGUAGUUUGGGAGACCAGAGAAGCUCGCCUGUGAUUCCAGUUGGUGAUAGAUCGUGUAGUGUGAAACCCCCUAUCGCCGAUCAGUCGUGUAGUGUGAAAUAUACACCGACUGAAAGAUUCCCGAGUGCCAAAGGUUCAGUCGUGUAGUGUGAACUGUACAGCGACCCGACAAAUCAGAAAGUCGUGUAGUGUGAACUUGGCAUAAGACAUACACAUUAAGGCAAAAACUUGAGCUGAACACUAAGGAGUAUACAAUUUACAAACACUAGCUAAUAACAUGCUAAAGCUAUAAUGUGUAAUGGUCAUUUCUUUUAGUUUUAGGAUUUUUUUUUCUUCAAAUUAACAAAACAUUUGUUAUAAAUUUGGCUCCAUAGUUAAUUCUUGUGUAUGAGGUUUUCAAAGCAAGUCUAAAAACACCAAGCAAUUACCACUAUUAACCAAGUACACUAUGCAAUGACCAAAUAAUAAAGCACCUUGGUAUUUUUUAAAACACAUAUUGUUCAGGUAUGUAUGGGGGUUAAAAUAUAGCUGUGAAGUUGUUUUUAUAUAAUGCUGGAAACUCAGUAUAUAAUAUGCUACUUGUAUUGAUGAUGCAUUUGUGAUCAAUAGUAUCAGUGAUAGUUUAUGAAUGUUUUUUUUUUCUUUUUAU